GCCGCGUUUUAUGCUGUUGGACGUCCGGGUUUGAGACAGUCUGUCGUCGUGCCGUGGAUAAAGCAGGACCUGCUCCCCUUCCCUUGGAGCUUCCUGAUGCCAUGUGACUUCAGUUUACGCCGCAUGCACCAUGAUAAAGCUUCCAGAAGGAUGAUGCGCAUUCACCAUGAGCCUGUGGUGAGGCUGAAGACUCACCGAAUUCGAAAUGCUGGAACAGCAUAUAAGACAGGAAAUCCUCUGCAUUCACUGCUGUUCUCUUCAUAAAAGGUAACCACCUGCAUUAACUACAACGAACAUGGUCCUGCUAAACCAGCCGAGGAAGUCGUCCCAGGAGCACGCAAGGAUCGGCCGCCCCUGGCACGCCGUGCAGCCGUUGCCCUCAGGAGCCUUCACUUGAACGCGUCGUUAACAUUUGGGAUUAUCACUCGCCGUCCAAUGGAAAGAAACUUGAUACGCCGCCAAACUGCCUCAACUAUGCUUCAGCAACUAUUAUGCCUCGCUGUGGCUGCCGCGCUGACAUCAGCAUUCAAUGACACCUCUUGGGACGUUCAGUGUCCCCUCGUCUGCCGGUGCGACCGUAUCCCUUCGCCAAACCUCGGCCUGAUGCUGAGGACAGUGAACUGUUCGGGCCGUGACUUGCGGACCAUCCCUAUGGGAAUCCCUCUGGACGCCGAGUCGCUUCUCCUAAACAGCAAUGAGCUGAUUGACCUUCACAACCAGAUUCCAUCGUUGCGAAAUCUCGUAGAGCUUGAUCUGUCGCGAAAUCACAUCAAGCAGCUUGGAAGAGGCAUCAUAUUUCACAACAUCACUCGGUUACGUUACCUCGAUCUCUCGCGAAACGAGUUCAAGACUCUCUUCAAUGGUGUGUUUCGUGGAGUCAUCAGGCUGGAGACACUGCUCAUGAACGGCGUGCAGAUAAAGUUUAUCGAAGAACACGUCUUCGACAGCAUGCAUCAUUUGCGAGUGUUAGCUGUGGAUCAUAACCACUUACCUUCCAUAUACCCAGAGUGGUUUCAAGAUUUGAUUAGCUUGGAGAGCUUGUCACUAUCACACAAUCAAAUCUCGUACGUUUAUCCUCGUGUGUUUGUGUUGCUCUACCGUCUGCGACACUUGUCAUUGUCUCAUAAUCGAAUACGUGGUGUCAGCGAUCAAGCUUUCGGUGGCCUGGAGAACUUGAGCUCCUUGCAUCUGGACAGUAAUCAUCUUAUCCGUGUUCCCGCCAUUGCGCUUCAGAAACUGAAAAACCUCCGAAGCCUGCAGAUGGGAAAUAACCUCUUCACAGGUUUCCGAUCUGGGAACUUCGCUCGCCUUCAGGUUGUACAGUUAACGCUUGACCAUUCACCAGAACUCACGGUCGUUGAGCGCGGUGCCUUUAAAGACCUGCCACGUCUGCAGGUCUUGAGACUUCACGACAACCCGCGGCUUCAGUACGUAGAUGCUGCCACAUUUAUAAACGUCCCGUCCCUCCGCCAGCUGUACCUUCACAACAAUAACAUCUCUGCCUUGAGCGAAGCAUUCGCAACGAACAUGCCUAACCCUCUGCAACUGACUCUGCACGGCAAUCCUCUCCUGUGCGACUGCAAUACGCGCUGGAUAGUGGAAGCAGUGUCAGCCCUGUCAAACACGUCCGUUCAAUUUGUACAGCCUGAUGACCUGACUUGCCAUAAACCGGCGCUCCUGGAGGGUCGGCCCCUCCGUAACGUUUCCCUCGACGAACUUCCUCUGGAGUGCGCGCCGUGCCUAAUCGGUGCGGUGAACAGCACUGUGCAACGUCAGAUCGGUGAUGCUCAGGUGUUUCAGUGUUACGCCCUCGGUGUACCGCCCCCUAAGAUCCACUGGAUCCUUCCCAGCGGAUCUGUACUCAACGAAUCAUCGAACAACGUUCAUGUUCAGUUCAGAAACUCCGGUAGCCUUACGAUCUUUCACCUGAAGCCUGUAGAUGUAGGGCCGUACACGUGUAUAGCGGAAAACCCCUACGGUGAAGUCACAAAGAUCGUCGAUCUCAUAGUAGAAAACAUCGAUAUUCAGAUAUUUCCACAGGGAGUACUAUCAACGUCUGUCACGGUUGUGUGGAACGGUACCGCGAGAAACAACUUUCCACAGUACGAGAUACAAUACAGACUUGACGAAGACAGCGACGCAAAGAUAUCGUCAAAGAGCCAACCACCUCGUUUCGAAUCUGUGACUGUGAGUAGGUAUUAUAGAUCGUACACCAUCAACAAUCUUCUACCAGAAAGCAGAUACGUGUUCUGCAUUGCCGUGCGGGACGAGGAAGGUGGUUCGCACGUGCAGAUAUCGUGCACGCGGGUGCGCACGAGAGACGCGAACUUUAUGCUCGAGAGCAUUCACUACACGAGCAAUGUGGCGGUCGCAGUCGUGCUGGGCAUUGUGUGUGCGAUGAUCGUCGUCCUGUGCGUGGCCACCGUAGCGGCGAGGAGGUACAGGCACCGGCAGUACGAGACUCCGGAGAAAUCGCUUGUGAGCAAUACGUCACAGAUACCUUUGGAGAGCUUGUACAGCCCUCUCAUGGCGAACGUAGGAUCUUAGGGGUUGGAAUGCGAAGGGAGUUCAUUGUACGCUUCUUGCCAAGACUACAUUGUCUUUGAUGACUCUGUUGAAUAUUGAACUUUACGCGCAUAUCGGCAGCUAUAACAGGGGUAAUGGGGUGGGGUGCUGUGGGUCAGAGAAGUGCAGACUACACUGUGAGUCAAGACGUGCAAAUGGUUUGAGAAAGGGAUAAUAGAAAUUAGGGAGAGCCUAUGGAAAGUACAUUUCUUUCCGUAAGUAUAUUUAACCUGAAGGGGACAUAGUGAGAGUAGCGUUUGUCCAAAAAAUAGCCAUAUGUUUUUUCUUCAGGUCUCGCAGAUUUCUGAAAUAAUUGUGUCAUUGUGUUAUAUCUGACUGCUUUUGGGAUUGAAGGAAAGAUCACGAAGCAAGCUGUGCCAUUGGCUCAUGCUUCCGUGUUUGUUAGAGGUCUGUUGAAGUUUUCAACAUCCUAUGUUUCAACAACCUCGUGAGUUACUGAUGACUGUUUUGUUGUUUCUGGCAUGACAUCACAAACAGUGUGUUUCGCUAUGAUAGGCUCACCGACGGCUUGGACACCGUAAUAGGAAAGAUGUGGUGAAAUCCCAGUUUUGGAAUAGUAGAUCAUUGGUUCCGGACGCAAAAGUGUACAUUUAAGCAUAUUGUGCGCGUUAGGUCCAUCAUGGAUGUUCCUGCGAGACGCCAGUCAUCCGUCAUGUCCAUCAUCGAUCUGCGAGAUGAGGCCGCUAGGAACCAUCUGGCUGUGCAAGACAACCAGCUAUGCAGUUCAUGUAGCUUCUGCCAUUCGAUCACCACGCUACAGAGUGCCGUCUCACACCAACCACGAACACAUUGUUCCCCAUGGCCGUUUCUUUGAUGAGGGACACAUUUUUCGGAGAGUUUUGUAAAUACCUUCCACGGCCCAUAUUAGUAUUAUUAUGACAACGGCGUAGACAAGGCGAAAAUGCACACUUUUUUGCAAGUAACUUCAUAGUAAAUGGCGCACUUUUUGCAAGUAAACGGUUCGUGAUAGGGAAUGGGCGCUCUUGUAACAGACUCUAUACAACGGGUGUCAGUCUUGCUUAUGUACCAACAUGCUUCGCGUGCUUUCCAGCAUAGCUGCCUGAGCGAUCCCGUACUGUGACGCAAGUGAAAUCGACAACUUAAUCGAAAAAUGUGAGUAAUGCAAUUGCGUGCAAUGACAUUCAAUAUCCAGACUUUGUUUGUACCAGAGCCUUUGCAAUCAGUUGCCUAACGGAGACGACUGCUUGUGUCUGCAAGCGUGUAUGCUGUCUCGUGGUGUACGUCUCAAUGCUUAAGGAGCGUUCCGAUAUUCUUUUCGAUACAGAAAUGCCGCAUCAACCAACUCAACCAAAUUGAUCCAGUUUACUUGGUUUGGGUUAUUAGCGAAUCCCGCUGGAUCAAAUUAUCAUAUCUUGAUGCACACCUUACUCCAGGGUAUGUCGUCUCGCAGGUAUAGGACAGAAGGUUACAUUAUCCGCUGGGUUGCCUACUACAGUGAAUCGAGACAGGUCCGCGAAACCAGAAACAACAACAACAAAUACACUGGUGAUGAUGAAUGGGGAUGAAGACAUAUGAUAUCCAGAGAACGCAUGUUGCAAAGCAUCUUCCUGCUAAACAUGACGUGUCAGUGACGACCCUAUUCUUUUUUGUUCUUGCUGCCAGUCUGCGAUUCGGGCUUCGCCCUUUGCAUAGCUCCGUUACAAUUUCAAGCGCGUGUUGGUUACUGACAGACCCGGCAAAGGUCGAUUCCUGGGGCAACGGGACAUUAAAUUCUUUAUGAAAGAAGAAUGAAUAAAUUCGCUUGAGUUUCGUAUUUUAAUUCGUUCAGAUACGUUACCUGAGCUUGGGGAGAUCUGACUUAAUCGCGAAAGUACUUGUACUUCAAACAUCAAAGAAACAGGGCGGGUAACUCUUUGUCUCUGUUACUACAAUUAACUGCCGCGUUUACUGCCGCGUCAGGAAGUGUUGCUUGCGUGCAAACCAGCACAUGUUUCAACAAUCUGAUUGCAGGUUAUGGUUUGACAUGUGCGUACAAGUUUUGUACUCUCUAGUACAUUACCAGCCAUUAACAAUGGGUAUGUAGGAACGGACAGGCGACAUGACACGGAUAUAAUUCCGUUGGCGCUGUUGAUUCACUACCGCUGGGCGCUUGUUAGAGGUUAGACAAUUCUUUGUACAUAUCUCGUUACUGUUCUUCAUAUCUGCUUCAUGAUCUGUGUAAAUUACGUCGCAUGUUAUCAUUGCAACAGUUACGGUCGCAACAAGUGCUAUACAUAUGGACCGACAUCGCUAAUAAUACUGUUGAAAUAAAUAAACUACAUGAGAC